ACACAGCAACUCUCGACAGCUGUCGAAUUACAAGAUAAUCCAGGUCAAGAGAGACAGCUCAAGCCUCAAGCCCCAACUACAGCACCCACUUCAGACAAUGUUAUGCAAGCAUCCAUUCUCGCAGACUCUGAGGUCCCAGACGGAGGUAAUGGCUGGAUCGUCAUCUCAGGAUGCGCAAUGGUUACUUGGUGGGUUACGGGAACAGCAUAUUGUUGGGGAGUUCUUCAGGCUGCUCUGGUGAAGGAGGGAGUAUCAUCAUCAUCUACCUUGUCAUUUGUGGGAUCUCUGGCUCCGGCUUGUAUUUCGUUCUUGGGAAUCAUUAAUGCUCGUGUCAUCCGUAUCAUUGGGACACGGGUUGCUGGUCUCUUUGGUAUUUUCUGUCUAGGGCUGGGAGAGAUACUGAGCGGGUUUGCAUUUCGAAAUAUCGGCGGACUUUUUAUGACUGCAGGUGUCAUUAUGGGAAUUGGCAUUAGCGUCUGUUUCAUGGUUGUCUCUGUGAUUCCAGCGCAAUACUUCAAAACCAAGCGCGGCGUUGCAAAUGGUAUUGUCUACGCAGCCGGAGGCCUCGGAGGCGCAGUGAUCAGUUUUAUUCUCAACGCACUGCUCAACAGCCUAGGAACAGCAUGGACAUUCAGAAUUCUCGGUUUCAUCACUCUGGCCACAGGCUUGCCAGCGGCAUAUCUAAUCCAACAACGGGUUCCAAUCCCUCCAACCAAAUUCGUUGAGUGGCGCCUAUUCCGCGACGUCCGCUUCAUCCUCCUCUUCGUCGCCAGCGCAAUCGCAACCUUCCCCCUCCUUGUCCCAGCAUUCUACCUCCCCCUCUACACCAACGCAAUGGGCAUGAACUCCAGCGUCGGUGCCGCCAUGGUCGCCGCAUUCAACUUCUCCUCCGCAAUUGGGCGUCUUCUCUGCGGUCUCUGCUGUGAUUCCGUAGGUCCGCUGAACACGCUCUUCAUGUCGUUGUUGCUAAGUGCGCUGAGCAUGUUGAUCCUGUGGCCUGUGUCACAGUCUAUUGGUCCUUUGAUUGUGUUUGUUAUUAUUAAUGGGAUGGCGAAUGGGGGGUUCUUUUCGACUAUGCCGACUGUUGUGGGGAAUGUUUUUGGGUCGGCGAGGGUUUCCGUGGCUAUGGGGAUGGUUGUUACGGGGUGGGCUGGGGGGUAUCUUCUCGGCGCCCCCAUUGCAGGAUAUAUAUUGGAUGCCGCUGGCGGUGAAGACAAUGGUCUGAAGGCAUAUCGUCCAUCGAUUUUCUAUGCAGGAGGAAUGGCUUUAGCUGCGGCAGUUUUGGCAGCGGGUAUCCGGUUGAAGACAGAGAAGAGUCUGACUAAGAAGCUUUAGUUGUAACUAGUUAACUAUAAUUAUG